GUGAGAGAGCUAAAGGAUUCUCUGUCUGUCUUCAGGGGGAAGAGAGCUCACCAUCAGCUGGAAAAAUGCCAGUUAUAGAUGUAGAGAACCUAACAGACUUGGAUAAGGCUAAAAUGGAAGUAGAUCAGUUGAAGCAAGAGGUGAAGCUGGAAAGGGAAAAGGUGUCUAAAUGUUGUGAAGAAGUCAUGGAAUACAUACAGAGUGGUAUGGAUGAAGAUCCUCUGGUCAAAGGCAUCCCAGAAGAAAAGAAUCCAUUCAAGGAAAAGGGUGGAUGUGUUAUUUGCUAAUGUGGACAGAAUACUGCCCUUUUCCUUUUGACAAUUUAGACUCUGAUACCGCACACGGACACCUGCUCCUCUUUUAUCUUACCCAGUAUCUUCUCUGCUGCCUGAAACAGAGAAAAGACAGUUGAGAAUAUAGAUGCUAAAAUUACUCUAAAUGACACGGAUAUGAACCGUCUCCCAUCUUCCUGUGUGUUCCCCUUUGAAGUGGUAUAAUAAAACAAAUCAUUUUGUGCA